CAAACCAAGCUGCUAUUAAGACCAAACACUUGCACUGCCUUCCAAACCAACUAUUGCUAUACAUCCAGCUCCAUUGUCAUGAAUGCUGGUCUGAUUCACCGUCGCAAGCAAUUUUCGAGUUGCGAUGCAUGUCGAAAAUCUCGUGUGGCAUGUGACGCAGUACGAGGACGUUCAGCCACAGGUCUGGCCGCAUGCACGAGGUGCGCAAACCGCAAUCGACGUUGUAGCUUUGAGUGGAUGGAGAGAGCCGCAGUUUCGUCAAAUAAUCGGACUUUGAUUUCUAAUCGCAGGGAUCAGCGUCCAUCACCGCUAACAGAUUCUUCACCUAUCCAAGUUGUUGAAGGGAGCCUGAUUCCUAGACAACAAAAUUCUAUGCUUGGGUCUCCUUCUGAGAGACCUAGAGAGGAAGAAGAUGCCUCCGACGACAACUGGUACGGAUCUCCUACACCAUUUACGCCCGCACCAGCUGUGAACACAGAUAUAGCGGACUGGCUAUAUACUAUGUAUGAAGAUGUUUUUGAGGCGGUCUUCGGUUCCUGGUUAGGGAAUUAUAGUUGUCCAUUUGUUUUUGGGGAGCAUAGGCACUUGGAAAAUGGUUCUAGCGAGCGGACACCGCUUGCAUUGUCCAUUAGUAUUUCUUCUCUUUGUAGGCAAUUCGAUCAAUGGAUGAAGGAUUUAGAAGCUCAAGGGAAUGACGUUGCUAGUGACCAGGCCCCAACUCAAGCCGAGGUUAAGAAGGAGCAGCAAAUUGAUCACUGUCUGAAUCAAGCAAUUCAAACAUUUUCCGCUCGAUGGUUACCUCUAACGUUUGAGUCACCAUUGCACAAGGCGGCACAGACUGAGCUGAUCGAGAGUCUCUGGCGAGGCCUACGGAAGGACCUGAUAAAAAUUAUCAAUCGGCCAUGCUAUCGGUCGAUGCUGUGUCUGUUUCUUUUUGCUAUGGUCCCGAUACCAGCAGGAAUAUCAGAAGAGGAGGAAGAUAGCGGCAUUCCAGCUCAGUUCUGUGUCCAAGCUGCUCUACAACAUGUACAGCACCUACGUGCCCGACAAAGGAGCCUUGAGUUCAACGGCUCGAAGGUCUGCCCAAUUUCAGACCGGGUAGCAAUUAUGACUAGUCUGGAUCAGUUCCAGAUUGAUUUUAUGAGUAUGGAGAGCAUUAUUUAUUGGGCCGCGCUUACUUAUGAUACUUCUUCUUCACUGACCUUCAACACUAAAUCUUUACUUUCGUCAGGGCUUCUGGGGUGGGAGUCAGAAUCAUCAUGGCGCCUAGUUAAGACGUGCACAGAUAUUUUCCACAACCAGACAGAGGACUGGCGACUUCGUGGGGUAAUUGUUACAGAAGAAAACGCCAACCGAAUCAUCGCAGCCGCAUCAGCAUGGAAACUACGUGUUUGGAAGGUGGCUGCUGUUUUGAAGGAAGCCCUUCGAGAAGGUCACGAGGAAGAUGCCGUUCACCGUGUAUAUACGAGCGCUGUCGAUGCGAUAAAGCAGUUCAAUAUGACCUAUCGCCCCCUCCUGGUAGCUUGCGAGAGACGCAUUCAGUUUCUUUCUCAGCAUACAAAGCUUCGCUGGUACGAAGUGAUGUUACAUUACCAUCUGUGCAUUUUAAUCAUGAUUGACGCCAUUGAAACUGCAGGACGGACAGAUAUAUUAGAUCGGCUGAUAAUUACACGAUCGGAAGCUGAAGGCAGUACUAUGAACUGCCUGGUGUUCGGGCUUAGCAAUCAUUUUGUUAUACCUCAGCGAAAGGGGGAGACGGAAGACAGCUUUGUCACAGUUCCACUCGUUGCAAUUGAUCCCUAUCCCCAUCACGUAGUCGCAGCCGUACGACUUCUGUGGCUGGGGAUUGAGCGAGACUAUGAAACUGGCAAACUGGACCUCGGUACCUUAGAGAAUCUCCAGUCGACCUUGCUUCGGACCCUAGAUCUGCUCCCACAAACUUCAAAAUCAGUCAGAAAUGCAAAGGAACAGGCUCGACUAUCAGUUAUACAUAGGGAAAUUCCUGGUUCAGAGCUGUAGAUAGUUUGUACUUCUCCUAGUAGAAGAUCUAAGCGUAGGACUUCGUAGGCUAGGAAUCAUGACCGAAUCGAACACUUGGAUAUUGGAAAAGGCCCCCCGCUGUGAUGAACAGAUCCCGGCGAAAAGAAACAAAGCCUGAUCAUUCGAGUCUCUCUUUGUCCACUAUAGAG